CCCCGGGAAGGCUAUUUCACCUCCCGAUUGAAAAGACCGUCAAUUGUCCCCCUGAGUUGGUAUUUUUCUUUCUAUUUCAAUUUUUAUCAAAACAUCACAAGAAUAAACUAUCGCCAAUAAGGUCCACUCUGCAAGCACCACCACCGCCCCUGUCAACAUCGCUGUGUUUUUACCCCUCCAGCUCCCGACUCAGUUCCAUCUGACCUAGCUGGAUCUUCCUCUCCCCAACUCCUUCCUCCUAUAACCCUAAAAUCGAACAAUGCCCUACCUAACAUAUUCCUAAAUAGGUACUGGGGCAAGCGUGACACAGAACUCAAGCUUCCCACCAACAAACACCUCUCUCCCAAGCCGACCUAAGAACGCACACAACUGCGGCCUCUAGCAGCACCUUCACGGUGAACUCCCUCUGGCCAAUUAGUGAAGCUCAGGACGUCUCGGGAGCCCGGCAAACUGCAUGCUUCGCGAACACAAAAUUUUCAGAAAGAACUAUGAGGCCACUAAUCCGUUCCUGCGUAAGUUGAGCAGGUACUGUGUUCAUAGCAUUUCCGAGGACAACUUCCCUACUGCAGCACAACGGAGGUUCACCGCUGAUGGCUUCGCAGCUUUGGUUCGGCCUAUUGCGGAUUUGUAUCAGCUACCUGAGUGGCUGACGGAGUUGUCCAAGGUUGCAAGGCAGGGCUCCUAGUGGGGUUGCAGAUGGCUGUUCGGUGGAUAUGUUUCCGGGAGAUGGGACAGGCGGUGGAUGGGCGCGAUUAGUACGUGGCUAGAGUAGGGCUGACAUCACGCUAGCCGGAUAAUAAAUUCGUUAAUCCCGCC